AUGUUGUAUCAAAACAGUUCGGAGAAUGUUUAUGGAUUUUUGAAAUUGGAUUCGUUAAAGAAGCUUGUCAAGGAAGGCUUACCUGAUUCUGUGGAAAUUGCUAAUGUGCUUGCCACAAAAUCGUUGUCACUCAAGUACAAAGAUAAUACAUAUAAAUAUGUAUCUGCUGGAAUUGUGCAUCCAACAAUUAUGAACAAGCAUGCUGUUUUGUCAUUGGAUAUUUCUCCUGCUGGCCAAUUGGGUGUUAGUGGUGGAAGUGAUGGAUUGUUGAGAAUUUGGGAAUCUGCAACAGGAGUUGUUAGAAGAGAUUUCAAAGGGCAUUUUGGAGAUGUAACAUGUACAAGAUUUUUACCAAGUGGACAAGUCAUUAUGUCAGGUGCAUCAGAUUUCCAAAUUAAAAUUUGGGAUUUAACAAAUGGUGAAUGUGGAGCUACUCUUAAAGGACAUAAGGGAACAAUUAAUGCUCUUGAUUUUAUUAAUAGGGGUAGAAAUUUCAUUUCCUCUUCAAGAGAUGGAUCUUGUAAGCUUUGGGAUUGCGCCUCUCAAUCAGAAAUCACAACAAUUCAUAAGGGAACUAGUCCAGUAACUGAUUGCGCUAUUGCUGUAAAUACCACCCUCAGUAAUUCUAAUUCCUCAGCUCUCGAUGAAAAAGACUUUGAUACCCAAGGUAAAAUUGGUGCUUUUGUUUCGAGCUCUGGCUUGUUACGAGUUUUUGAUGUAAGAACAAGACAAUCUGUUUUUUCUCAAACCGUAGAACAUGGCCUUAAAUGUUGUUGUAUAAUAGAAGAUGGAUUUGUUGUGUUGGCUGGAUCAGAUUCUGGUCACCUAGUCAACUUGGACUUACGUAAAACCUCAAAUCAAAUUGAAGUUAAGAAAUUAGUAGAUUCUACAAUUUCCUCAAUAACAAGAGAUGGGCAAUGGUUCUCCACAGUUGAUGGAGGUUGUUUCUCUACUACUCAACACUUGGAACUCACUGGAGCAGAUUGUGACCCUAUUUACAAAGUUAUUUCCUCCACUGAUGGAAAGAAGGUCUAUACAGCAUGCAGAGAUGGUAAAGUUCGUCAAUAUUCAGUGUAA